UCGAUCAGUAUCUCACUGUCGGCGGAGCGCUUUACGUCUCGGCACCGGUCGACGGACAAUCGGUGGAUCUUUUCGUCGGCUUUUCCGUGUUUUCUUUUUUUUCUACCCGGCACAAAACCCAGGAACGGCGCCGUUUUUCCACGUGAAAAUGAACCCGGCGUGGACGCCGGACAGACGCUGAACGACGUUUCAACCCGACAAAGGAUGCCUGCACAGAGCGGGGAUCUGAUCGGGGCUGCCCUGCAGCACUCGAUAUCGAUCGUGAAGAAAUCAAAUUCCAGCGAUUCAGUCGAUUGCAAGCUUCUCGCCAGUGCAAAGAGGGUUUUGACAUCGGAGAUAAAAUACAUCAAGACGUCCGGAUGCGGCAACCCGACGCUCGCAGACCUCAAGUCAAAAUACAUAAGCCUCGGGCAGACUGCAGGAGGUCCGGCUACGCCCGUUAAGCCCACCCCGUCCCCUUCGACGUCUUGGACUUCACCUAGCAAAGAAGUCAAAGCGCAGGAGUUGCCACAGCCUAAACGGGUGCUCUAUCCGCCUGAUGCCGUCCAACUCGGCUGGAAGGGCAACGUACCUGUCGGCGCCGGAUUUAUCAACCUCGGAAACAGUUGUUACUUAAAUUCAACCCUUCAGGCUCUCUUUCAUGUCCCGGCUUUUGUCAACUGGCUGUCAAGCGAUUCGGCGCAUUUUUCAAAAUGCGAAUCCAUGAAUGGCCUCACACACAGCGAAUGCCUUAUUUGUGCGAUGGCCAAAGUCCUUCAGGCGACGCACAAGUCGACAGGUUCAGCCAUCAAACCUUUGGGCAUUUAUUCCAAACUGAAAGCAAUUUGUAAACACCUCGUACACGGCCAUCAAGAAGACGCUCACGAGUUCCUUCGUUAUUUGAUCGAAGGGAUGGAACGUUCUUAUCUCUCACUUUUUAACGGAAUUAAAUUAGACAGUUAUAGUAAAGAAACUACACCUCUGAACCAAAUAUUCGGUGGUUAUAUGAGGACCGAAGUGGCGUGCUUGGAAUGUCAUCACAUAUCGACGACGUUCCAACACUUCCAAGACAUCCUUCUUGACAUAAGGCAGGCGUCGACAGUCGAAGAGGCCCUCGACGGUUAUUUCUCGAGGGAGAGGCUUGGCGACGGUGACCAGGCUUACAAAUGCGAACAGUGCAAAAAGCGCGUCGCAGCCACUAAGAAAUUCUCAAUCGAGAGGCUACCUAAAGUCCUGUGCAUACAACUGAAAAGAUUCGGUGCGAUGGGCGGGAAAAAUAACAAGCACAUCGCGUUGAAACAAUGCCUCGACAUAACAAAGUACCGGCACAGGCCGCCGCCGGCCAACCAGACAUUUAGGUACAAAUUAGUCUCGCUUGUAACACAUUUAGGACAUUCGUCAAGUUGCGGCCACUACACGGCGGUCGGCCAGGGCUCGGCAGGCAGUUACUAUCUUUUUGACGACAGCAUUGUAAGGGUGCUUUCAAUUCCAAAUGUUUUAAAUAGUAAUGCGUACAUCUUAAUGUACGAAUUAGACAACAAUCAGACACCUGUGAAGGAUCAGUCAGUGACGCAAACAAACAAACUAGUCUUAGAAAGUUCCAAUUUAACAAAUGGUUUAAGUAAUGGUUUUAGCCCCCAGCCGAGUAAGACGCUGGUGAAUGGCGUAUCAUCCGGCAGUUGCACUACAUACACCCAGCAGGAGAAAUCAAGCCCGACGUUAGAAAGGCAGUCGCCGGUGAAAGUCGGCUCGGCGAUUGAGAAAAAGACGGCGCUUCCUUUUUUGAUAGAAGUGCCUUCGCCUUUCAGCAGGUCGCCCUCGCCUUCUAAUACGCUCUUAUUGACGCCGCCCGUAGCGAGAAAGGCGCCUUCAAAAACGCCCAGCCCCGUUCACUUUCAGCCGACGACCUCUAGGGUGAAAUCGCCUCAAGCAGUACGAGGGACAGAAAGUCUAGUACCUUACUUGUCCGGUUCGAGUGACAGCGAGUCAGGAAGCCCGCUUAGGACCACGCCUGACACCGUACGCCCUGAAGGCCCGUCUCAACAGGAACAGCCAAACUCUCCCAAGAGAAAGCCGGUUGUGAAAGAGCGAGAUGGCAAACCGAGGAAGAAUGGCUGUCUCUGUGACACUGCCGAAAGAGAGCCUGAGAAAUCGAGGUCGCCCAGCACAAAGUCGGACGACGAACCGACUCCGUCCGAGGAACUGGAACGAAGCUGGGAAGUGUCGUCGAGAACCGACGCAAACUCACCUGCUGGAAGCGUAUCAAGCGGAUGGUGGAGUGUCACUACCAGCUCUGAUAAAGAAAAGAGUCCUGAAAGGCAGGAAGAGAAAAAAUCCUCCUCGUACCCAUCCGACCGAGAGAGAAGCAGAGAAAGGAGCCACCAGGAUAGGGACAGAGAUAAAGAACGGCCUUGGGAUAAAGACAAGGGCAACAGCACAGUCGAUACGCUUACGAAAAUGUCCCAUCGGGGUUUCGGGCCAUCCGUGACUUCCUGGAACGGCAGUAAGAGCGAGCUGGACAAGGAGGUCGAGUCGGACAGAGUGUCAUCGCUCAAAAGGCCGUUGAGCAGCUACGACAGUGACUUAGACAGGGGCCGUGUAAAAAAGGUCAAGAAGUACAACGGCCACGACCACGCCAAGGACAAGACGAACAAAUUCCAAGAAUACCAGAACCGGAAAAAUGGCUCUAGUGGCUACCGGCAAAAUAAUUUAUACCGUCAAUACUCGAUUGAAAAGGCAAAAUUCAAUAGAAACUACAGGUGGCAGCAUUGAGAUACUGCGAUCGGCGUCGACCGAACUAAUAUGUACAAAACGAUAUUUUAACUACCUCCGUUGAAGAGAGAAGAAGAGGAAAAAGAAGAAAAAAUGUCAGAGUGGAUGUUUUUAUUCUACCAG